AUGCUGAGAUGAAUACACUUUGCAUACAUGUCCACAUUAAACAAUAUCCUUUAUUUCCAAUCUGUACUUGGAGUUCUAGCCAAUAUGUUUCUCCUUUUUUUCUACACUGUCAUAAUCCUCUGGCACAGACCUAAACCUAAGGCCAUGGACCUGAUGUCCUGUCAAUUGACCUUCAUCCACAUAGUGACGGUCCUCACUGGAGGGGAUCUUUGGCUUACAGACAUAUUUGAGUCACUGAACUUUGAGAAUGACUUCAAAUGUAAGGCAACUUUUUACAUGAACCGAGUGAUGAGAGGCCUGUCCAUCUGCAUCACCUGCCUCCUGAGUGUGUUCCAGGCUGUCACUAUCAGUCCCAACACAUCAUUGUUGGCAAAAUUUAAACAUAAACUUAAAACAUACACAAUCUAUGCUUUCUUCUACCUCUGGUCUUUCAAUUUGUCAUUCAGUAGUAGGUGGAUCUUCUAUGUUGGUGCUUUUACCAAUGUGAGUGAGAACAACCAGAUGAAGGUCACUCAAUCCUGCUCACUCUUCCCCAUGAGCUAUAUCACUAGGGCACUGAUUUUAACAGUGACAACCUCCAGAGAUGUCUUUCUUGUAGGAGUUAUGUUGACCACAAGUGCAUACAUGGUGAUCAUCUUGUUCAGACAUCAGAGGCAAUGCAAGCAUCUUCACAGCAUCAGCCACCCAAGAGCGUCUCCUGAGAAAAGAGCCACCCAGACCAUCUUGCUGCUGGUGGUUUUCUUUGUGAUCAUGUACUGGGUAGACUUCAUCAUCUCAUGCACCUCAGUCCUGUUAUGGAAGUACAACCCAGUCAUCCUGACUGUUCAAAAGUUUGUGAUGAAUGUCUAUCCCACAAUUACUCCUUUGGUACAAAUCAGUUCUGAUAACAGAAUAAUCAAUAUGCUGAAAAACUUGCAGACAAUGGGCCACCAAAUUUUUUAA